CGAGCGGCGUGAUGCCGGACCGUGCACUGGUGUACGUGCUGGAGGAUCUAUUGGCGCACGGCACGGGCGGCGACGCGCCCCGGGUGCUGCCGCGCCGCUGGGAGGCGCUGGGCCCGGGCCGGGUGGCCGCGCUGGUGGCCGGGCUCUUCGGGGCGGCGACGGCCUUCGUGGACUGGCGGGACUUGUUGGUGCGGGCCCUGGGACUGCGGCCGCCACGCCAGGGGCAGCUGCUGCAGUGCAGAGAGCAGUUCCGCGCCCGUGACCCCGGCCGGGACGAGGCCGUCAGCUGGACCAGCUUCCGCCAGGUGCAACUCUGGUUCGAGGAGGACUUCCCUGGAGACAGCCCCGAGAUGCAGGUCCGCCUGGGCAGGAUCAAGGAGCUCCUGUUCAGCAUGUUCGAAGUCCGGGAGGGCCUGACGAGCUACACCGACAUGCUGCUGGCCUUCUGCAAGGACGACGACCCCAGGGAAGGGCUGGCCAAGGCACUGGCCCUGGCGGCGGGGCAGUUCGUCCGGGUGGAGGACACCGCCGAGGGUGCGGUGGCGGCAGUGGUGUCGGCCGUGCUCGGGAGGGUGCGGUCCACGGCCGUCGCGCUCGGAGCAGUGCGCGCAUUGCUGCUGAAGGUAAUCCCCUCGGAGGAGGACGUGACCAGGGUAGAUUCGGGGAACGUCGCUGCGGACGACGCGCUGCACGACAUGCUGGCGAGGGCCAUCCCGUCUGAAGAUUUCGGCGACUUGGCCGCGCAAGACGCGCUGCAGGCCAUGCUGGCGAGGGUGAUCCCGUCCGAUCGCUCCUGCGACAUCGCGGCGCGGGACACCGUCGACGCCCUGCUGGCCCGGGUGAUCCCGUCGGAGACAGGGUACGCCGAAGACCUGCCCCUGGACCUCGUGGCGGCCGUGCUGGCGGCGACCCUGCUGUGGGGGGCGGAGAUCCCGCCCGUCUUCGGCGACGGAGAGACGACCCUCUGGGAGGCGCUCUGCGGCGUGUACCGCGACCUGGGGGCCGCAGACGACUGCGUGGCGCCCUGGGACUUCUUCCGCCACGAAUUCGUCGACCGACUGCUGGCGAGCGUGACCAAGUUCAACGUCAUAGAUGUGGAGAGCCUUCUGGAGGAGGUACUGGCGACGCGUGAGGACCGGGCCGUGGGCGGCAGCGAUGUACGCAAGCAAUCCGUCCAGCCGGCUCGUGGCUCACUGAAGUAACAUUAUACUUGCAAAACAAUAAAAACAAUCUGUCUCACAA